AUGGACAAGUCUGCAAGCCGUGACGAGCAGCCUACCAAGGCCGACCUCGCGGCAGGCGAGAUAAUCGAGAGUCCAGCGGUAGACCCAGCACUGCUACUGACCGGAGGCACCGUGGUGGAAUUCACCCCCGAAGAGGAACGACAAUUGCUGCGCAAGAUCGACCGGCACAUGCUGCCGCUGCUGUGCUGGGUGUACCUGAUCCAGUUUGCGGACAAGACGACACUCAACUACGCCUCGCUCAUGGGUCUGCAGACCGACACGGGCCUGCACGGCAACCAGUACAACUGGGUGUCGAGCAUCUUCUAUGCGGGCUACCUGGCCUGGGAAUUCCCCACCACGUACUUCCUGCGCCGCCUGCCCGUGGGCAAAUACACCGCGGCCAACAUCCUCUGCUGGGGAGUGGCCCUCGCCGGGCACGCAGCCGCCUCUAACUACGGGGGUCUCCUCGCCUGCCGCUUCCUCCUCGGCGCCUUCGAAGCCACCGUCACCCCAGCCUUUGUGCUGAUCACCGGCAUGUGGUACCGUCAGAACGAACAGGGCCGCCGCAUGGGCUACUGGCUGUCGUGCAACGGCGGUGCCCUCAUCCUGAUGAGCGUCAUCGGCUACGGCCUGUCCGCCAUCGACCACGCCGCCCUGGCCCCCUGGCGCAUCCUCUUCCUCCUCCUCGGCCUCCUCACCAUCCUCACCGGCAUCGCCUACCUCUGGUACCUGCCCGACAGCCAAGCCACCGCGCGCUUCCUCACCGACCGCGAACGCCUCGUCGCCCUCGAACGCAUCCGCGACAACUUCCAAGGCGUCGGCAGCCCCAUCUGGAAAUGGGCCCAGUUCCGCGAAGCCUUCCACGACCCCCGCACCUACCUCUACAUCCUCUACUCACUGCUCAUGAACAUCCCCAACGGCGGCAUCACCACCUUCGGCUCCCUCCUCAUCAAAUCCUUUGGCUUCGGCGACCGCCUCGCCCUCCUCCUCAGCGCCCCCUCCGGCCUGUUCGACAUCGCCGGUAAACUCCUCUUCACCUGGCUGUCAGACCAUUGGCUCGACCGCACCGCCGUCUCCUUUGCCGCCAUCAUGGUCGCCUGUCUCGGCGGCAUCCUAAUGGUCGUCCUCCCGGACACCGCCAAACCCGCCCUCCUGAUCGGCUACUACCUCGUCAGCGUCGCCGGCGCCUCCUGGGGUCUCCUCAUGACCGCCAUCUCGAACAACACCCUCGGCUACACCAAAAAGGUCACCGUCAGCGGCCUCCAGAUCAUCGCCUACGCCGCGGGCAACUGGAUCGGACCGCAGACGUUUCCCGCUACGGAAGCCCCGGAGUAUCGCCGCGGCAAGCUGCUCGUCGCGAUUAUGUAUGGUCUUGCGGGUGCGGUGCUGCUACUACUAAGGUUUGUGAAUGGGCGUGAGAAUCGGCGCCGGGAUCGUCUGCAGGUUGAGGCGGGCAUCGAUCUUGCGAAUGAUGAGGUGGCGAGGCAUGCUCUUGAGCGGUCCAAGUUUAUGGAUUUGACCGAUUUUCAGCAGUUGCAUUUUCGAUACGUUCUAUGACUUAUAUCCG